AUGCGACGCUCCUGUUUUGCCCUUCUCGCACAGGCGGCGAAGACCAAAACAUCGCUGGCCACAUCAUCCACAAACACAACCAGCGAUGAUGAUACCCACACAGAGAAAGGCACCACCACAGAGCAGUUAUCAACUUAUGUUCCUACAGCCUCAGAGGCACCGGAGUUGCUGCAGCCGUAUGUGGAGCCAACACCAUUUGUGAGUGCCAAACGUCUUCAGGUAUUCUGCGCCUCACUUGGUGUUGGUCUUGCCACUAUCUGCAGUGCAUACUAUCUUGUAAGUAAGUCUAUGAGCAUCAAUCAGGAGGAGGAACACCUUCAUGUACAGUCGAUAGUGGAAUCCAAUCGGUUGGCAAUGAUGGAUCCUAAGAGUCUUAUCCCUGACUUUACCGCCCCUAGUUCUUUCAAUGAAUUAAAGGAAAAGAUGCGGCAGCAUGAGCGAGAACUUGAGCGGCAACAAGCUGAAAUUAAUCGCAAUACUGUAAUGCUUCAUACAGAGGCUGUGUUUCGGAUGAAAGUGUGGUGGAAUAAAUGUCUCACACAUUUGCAGGAGGCAUUUGAUGAAUUUGGUGUAGCUAUACAGAAACGAAAAGAAAGGGCAGCUGUAGCAAAUAUUAAAGAUGUGAUUGAUGCGGAGGGGUACGAAUUAGUAAAUUUACGUAAUGGCAAGACUCACAUUUGGUGA